GUUUUUCGAUCAACUCUAUCCGGGACGGCGGAUCCAACUUUGUAUGGAUACGACACUUUAAGAAUAGGUACCUUGAGUUCAAAUAGAUAUGCAGAACAUUGGAUAGCUUAUCUUUGCAUCUCCCUAUUGAGAUUAUAGGAUGGCCACUAUGAAGUCACAAUAUCCAUGUCUUCGGCAUCUUUCCUCAUCUUAUCUCCAGCAUUGCCCUCCGAACUUCUCACUUAUAUCCUAAAUUGUCACGUUUACCCUACUACUCUUAUAAUAUGUUCUUCUCGGCAGGAAUUUCUUGCAAGCCUCGCCGACGAUGUAUACCAAGGUCCUGAGGAGCCAGUUCCUGUCGAGCAAGGGGCAGAAACUCCGCUGCCUGGCGUCACGCCGACUGUUCGCAGUGUUGAUGAGGAGCAGGCCAGACAAAAGCAGAGACUUCUCUCAUCUCCUCUUUACCAGGUUGCUACAUCACGACAUAUUCGCGUGAUAUACAUCCCUACUGUCACACAUCUCCGCGCCUACCUGUCCGUCUUCUCACCAGAUGAUUCCAAAAUCCCAGUUCCCCCGGCCAAUUUCAACUCUACGGGGAGACACCCGCCACAUAUAAUAUUGUAUGGGUUCCUAGAGAUGCAUCGCGACACUAGCGAAUGGAGCGCGCAGGGUCUUGGAAAUUCCGCUUCCACGCUAGUAGAGCUGGGUCAUCGAUUAGAUUGGGAGACAGUCAUCAUCGAGCCCCGAAAGCACAACUCCGUACAGCCGUUUCAAGACAUGCUGAAGGAAGUUGUCCCCUUUCUAAGCGGCGGUGGUCGGAGGCUGGGUCCCGACUCAGAAGAAGGGGGUUGGACCGGCCGGACUGUGGAGGUGGGAAGGGUUAUGAAAAGAUGGUUUCAUUUCCAGCGUGGGGAAUGGGAUACGGGGGGCUCUGAAGAUAAAGAACACCCUGAUGCUGAUAUCAAGGGAUGAAAAAGAAAAAUAUUUUGAUGGAUAUUUUAUCAAUUGUCUGUGUUUUCGGAUACUCGAAACGUUGAUUAUGAACUUCAUGUCUACCUAUAUAGACUGUCUAAGCCUUGACCGGCCCUCAACACCCGAACGCCUGCCGUGGUAUCCCCAUCAUGAUCUCGUCACAUAUGCACCAAACAGAUAAGGGAUAGUAAUCAAAUAGCCUGUUCCAUCUCUGUGAUGUACAGUUUGAUGUGCGACUCCAUCUUCAGAUACUCAUCGUAUGCCGCAUGGACCUCACGUUCGAUGUUCUCUUUGAGAUCCAACAUCUUCUUCUCAGUUUGUUCGAUCCGAACUCUCCUUUUUUCGAUCUCAUUACCUUUCGCCGUUCUCUCUUCCGUCAGUUUCUUGUGCAAUGCUCGGAGCUCCUCCAUCUUCUUCGUCGCUUCUUGGGCUUUUUCUCGACUCUGAUCGCGUAGCUUCUCCGUGCGUUCAUUCCACUUGCUUAACUGCCUUUGUAGCAACGCUUCUGUCCUCUCCACUUCUCUGACGUUAUUGCCACGCUCUGAUAAUGUGUCUCGUUGCUUCGCGUUUCGAGCAUUUUCCUCCUCCUCCUUUGUCA